CAUUCUGUCGUGGCCUCCCUCUCGAGCGGUCCGGUGUCGUUUAACGCGGCUUCUCCGGCUCCUCUCUAUUCCAACAGUGCGGAGUCCAGCCACCUCGGUCCGUCCUCCUUAGCUCCAUUCGUGCGUGUCUGUGAUUGUUCUCGUUUGCGUUUGUUUUGAAAUUCUCUUCUCAAUCGUCAAGCUUGUUUUUUCUUUUUCGUCGUAACAUCGCUGCAUCGGAUCGAAAACAAGAAGCCGAAAAGAAUUGUUGUUCGAAUAAGCGAGAAAUAUUCGGUUGAAAAUCGAAGAAAUUUCGCACCGUGCGUCGACGCCUACUGAAACACACGCGCGAUCUCUCCAAUCGAUUAUUCUCUUCUUAAUUAACGCGUAGACGGGAAAGAUAGCCAAGCGAGGAAGGAGGAAAAGACGAGGAAAUAGAUAUAUUGGCGCAGAAAGUAAAACGAGGCUAGCGAGUAUAAAUGUAUCCGAGGCAGCAGGAAGGGCUGAUAGUGCCGAAAAGUGACGUUGCGAAGUACACUAAAAUCGUGUUCGUACGGUUUCUACGAAGUAUCUCAUGAUCCCGCGACUCAACGCGUCGAUCCAAUUAAUACGUUUAUACUAUUAUUAAAUAAUUUUUAUUUCAAAACGGCUGCGGUUGUAACCACGAUAAAACGGAAGCUAUACAAAAAUAAACAUCCCAAGAAAAAGAAGAAGAAGAAACCGAAGAAAUAUACAGCAAAAUUAAACCGAACGAGGCGUGCAACUGUGAUAUUUUCUCAAAGUGAUACAUACCAUUUCACGUCAUUUUCACUUUUCUCUUGUGAAUGCGUCUCAUCUCUGGAUACUAAAUGUCCACGUAUCGGUCGGUCGUUGUCGUGAUUCUGGUGCUCGCCGUAGCAUUCGCGGUUAUCCAAGUUUCGCAAGCUCAGUCCGAUGUAUAUGGUCAGAAAAGCGACUCGAAGUACAAAUAUUGUGGCAAGCAUCUCUCCAAUGCCUUACAGCUUCUGUGCAACGGUGUUUACAACUCGAUGUUCAAGAAGAGUGGCCAAGAAAUGGAGAUGGAUGAGUACCCCUACGUGUACGACUAUCCCUUGAGAUCGAGGGCGAGCGCAAAUGCGAUGAUGGGACGUUUCGGUGGUGCGAGAUUUCGACGCGAAACACGCGGAGUUCACGACGAGUGUUGCGCAAAGCCAUGCUCCAUCGACGAGCUUACCAGCUACUGCGGACGUUAAGACCACUCGAAUCAACAACAACAAUAACGAAACACUCACAUAAACGUACGAAAAAUAGCGCAAAACAAGAAGCAACACAACGGGAGCGAAAGAAAAAUAACAAUAACGACCAACAUGCACGAUGUAAACAUUUCUCUAUUCAUUCGGAUACAUAUAUAUAAAUAUAUAUAUAUGUAUAUAUAUAUAUUUAUAAUUUAUGUAAUAUAUAAAUAUUAAUAUAGAUGCAUAUAUACCAAUACAUAUAUAUAUAUAUAUUUAUCUAUAAGCUGAUGUGAGAUUUUACUCGUUUUUAUUAUUUUUUUCCUUCUCAUUUUCGUUCUUUUCAUCCUUCAAUAUAAAGAGCGUUAGAAUUUAAUGGCGAAUAUAUAAAAAAAAACGUAUCACUCACUAUAUCUUGCCCGAUCUCAUUCGGCCUCGAACUGGAAUAAUGGGAAAAAUUAUAUUCAGGUUUACGCGAUUUCUAUAAAUAUAAAUGAUUAUUAUAUUAUGUAAUGUAUGGAUAAUUGAUUGUGAUCUCGCUGGUUUGCUAUUUGGCGUUCCGUUGGUGCGAAUUUAUUAUUAUUAUUAUUAUUAUUAUUAUUAUUAUUAUUAUUAUUAUUAUUAUUAUAUUAUCACAUAAAUAUUAUGAUUACGAUUUUAUUAUUAUAGCGACAUGAAUUGCCGCUAUUAUAGCGAAUCAUUUUAUUAGAAAUAUAUCCAAUGAGUGUUCGUCCGAUUGUUUUGAAACUCGAACAUUCUUUAUUUUAUAUUUUGUCGUAUUAUGAAGCGGAAAAUUCCAUUUGCUCUGCUCUAAAAUUGAGGCAUUCAUACGACACGAAUGUGAUCAGAAUUACCUAUACGGACCGCACAUGUACAUGCAAUUUUUGUACGUUUAACAUAUAUGUGGAUGCUUGUAUGCAUAAGUUUUGUUUUACAUUAAAAUAUACGAGAUUUGACGAACGAGUUAUCGCAAAUCCAGAGUA